AUGGCCAUCCCAGCAGAGUAUGUCCAGGUGCCUAGGAAAAGCGUCGUCUCUGAAGCCACGAGGGAGCGGGAGACGUUUAGAUAUGACGAUUCACUCUUUACAAAUGUUCGCUACAAUGACUCUGGAUGCCCAAUUCCAACCUCUGAGCUCGUCACAUGCUCAGACGUCAUCUUCACAGCCCUCGCCAGGCUAGCAGCCUGUCAAACCGGCGCCGCCAAAGCGAUGAUCUCUUUGUUUGACCAAACUCAUCAGUACAUCAUCGCCGAGGCAUCAGCCACCACGCCUCUCAUUCCCAGCCUAGGAUAUGACGGCCACCAAGAGACUCUAUGGCACUGCGGAACAGCAAUUCCUCGUUCGCAUAGCGCUUGCGAAAGCACCUUGUGCUCGGAUGAUCCUCCUGAGGAUGGGCCGGAUGGAUUCAAACCUACGCUUGAAUUGCCGGUUGUAGUCGUCAACGAUGUUACAACUCAUCCUGAGUACUCGGCUAAGCCAUACUGUCGACCAGGUGGUGCCGCGCGAUUCUAUGCUGCUGUGCCGAUCCGGACAGAUCGGGGUGUCAAUAUUGGUGUUAUUUGCGUUAUUGAUACGAAGCCUGCUCUUCCUUGGGAGAAGCGCCAUUCGAGGAUGAUGAGAGAGCUUUCCAAGGCUGUGACGGAGCACCUUGAGACUAUCAGCCUUAAGAGUACUCAGCGACGCAGUGAAAAGAAAGCUAUGGGCUUGACUACUUUUGUUGAGGGUAACACACAAUCUUCACCUCUAACGAAUGCUCAACGGGAGCAUGACGCGCGAUUCGACGGCCUUCCCAAAUCUCGAGAGCCAAAGAUUGAGCAUGUGGAGAGUGCUUUAGGAGAUAUGAAUAUCAACCGCUCAGUAGAUCCUGAUACCGACUUGACGAGCGUUCAAGAUAAGUCUAACGGUACAGUGCAGCCAACCUUGGAUGAUUUCUCUGUCUACAAAGACCCACAGCGCGUUCUUGAGACUCCACGAGAAAUAUUCUGCAAGGCAGCUCGGAUUGUCAAAGACUCCAUCGAAACCGAUGGAUGUCUGUUCCUCAACGCAGACAUGCUUGAAUUUUCCUCGGGUGUUUCUACCGAGUGGAUGGAUGAGGACACGGCAAUUCGAAGACCUUCGGCUUUCAGUUACAACGACAGCGAAGAUGCCUGUACGACUGGCUCAUCCGAGGAUCGACCACGACCAUCAUGCCAAGCACUUGGAUCUUCGGAAAUGGAUCCAUCGAACGGCCAGCAGCGUGGUCAUGUUUCUCUCCCCCAAGCCCUUCUUGCUCGAAUGAUUCGUCGAUAUCCUAAGGGUCAUAUCUUCAAUCUUGACGCCAACGGAGAGCUGCAGCCUGAUGAACUAUCCGAUGAAUCUAACCACCGCGCUUUGACAGAUGGUGGCCAAGACGAUAGUCACUCUUGGGGCUACAUUCCCAGCAGACAAGAAAAGAUAUUCCGCAUACAACAGCGAGAAGCAACUAUUCUCCGCGAAGCCUUCCCAGGAUCUCGAAGUGUGGCUUUCGUUCCUGUCUGGGAUUUACGCAAGAGACGCUGGUCCGCCGGUGGUUUUAUCUACACCUGCAAUAUCAAACGCGUUUUCAAUAUCGAUCUGGAUCUCAGUUAUCUCAGAGCUCUGGGCAUGCUUGCCGCCGCUGAGGCGUUCAAGUUAGAGGCUUUGGCUGCAGACAAGGCUAAAACUGAUGCUUUGGGGUCAUUAUCUCAUGAGCUGAGAUCGCCACUUCACGGUGCUGUUCUCAGCGUUGAGCUGCUUAAUGAUACAGAUCUUACUAUUCCCCAGCAGAAUAUUGUCCGGACGAUCGAGACAUGUUGCCGAACUCUCUCGGAUACUAUCGACCAUCUUCUCGAAUAUUCGAAGGUCAACAAACCUCUACCACAGGAAGGUGCGCAGAACCAGGUCAAUGGGUUUGGUCUCGCCAGAUCCUCCACAUUUGGAGGUUCUGCAAAGUCAUCUAGAAAGGUUGUCCAGCUUGAUGUUCUGGCCGAAGAAGUCUUGGAGAGUGUAUAUGCUGGCUUCAAUUUCCAACAUGUUUCACUGGCCCAAGCAGCUCAGGCCACAAAACCACCAGCUAGACGCCCAGGUCAUACAUCCAUUCGCCGAAUGGAUACCAUGCAAGCCAUCGAGGAUCUCCAAGCGCCAACAAAGGAUAGAGGAAAUGUCGAGACGAAGAUUGGAGACGUAGAAAUAUUCCUAGUCAUCAACUCGCGAUCAUCAUGGGGACUUUACACUCAGCCUGGACCCGUGCGCCGUAUUAUCAUGAAUCUCUUCGGCAACUCGCUCAAGUAUACGAACUCCGGAUUGAUUAUUGUAUCCUUGGAACAGACGAGUGCAAUGGAAAACGAUGGUAGUGAUUGUUGGGUUACUAUCAGUGUUUCAGACACAGGAAUAGGCAUGAGCGACGACUUUUUGCAGAACGGACUCUACAAGCCCUUCUCUCAGGAGAAUGAUUUAUCCCCCGGUACAGGUCUCGGACUGAGCUUCGUCAAGCAAAUAACAGCACAGUUCGGAGGCCAUAUUUCUGUCAAGAGUCGAAGAGGCAAGGGAACCACCGUGGCAGUCAGACUACCGAUGAAACUAGGCGAUGACUGCCACAAGGGCAACUGUGAAGUUCGACAAUGCGAGGAGGAAUUUGAGACUCAAACAGAUAAGCUCCGUGGACUACGUGUCAAGGUUGUGGAUUUUGGACAAAACGAGGGUGGCUCAUCGGGGAAGAAGAUUGAGUCGCCAUGUCAACUUGUGCAGAACAUGUGCAAGGACUGGCUCGGCAUGCACGUCAACACUGGGUUCGAGACGCCGUGUUUGAUGCCAGAUCUUGCCAUUUGGUCUGAAGGAGGCUUUGAAAGACCUUAUGAUGCAAACGAUACUAUGCCAGAUGUUCCGAAUAUCGUGCUCUGCGCGAAUGCUCUCACAGCGCAUCAGUAUGCUUCAGGGGCCAAGACUACACCCCGUCCGGGUGUAUUUGAAUUUAUAUCCCAGCCGCUCGGACCCCGAAAACUUGCAAAGGCAUGCUCACUAGCCUUAUACCGCUGGACGGUAGCCCAAACCUCCGCCAACACACCCACGUCUACAACAGUAGACCAAGACUCCCUCAACGUUCCUAACAAUACCACAACCUCAAUCACUCAUCCAUCUUCCCCCUUCCCCCUCAGCGCCGACCAAACUCCCACGCAAACAACUCAAGGUUACUUCCGUAACCCCGAAUUCCUCCUCGUCGACGACAAUUUCAUUAACCUAAAGAUCCUCUCCUCCUACAUGAAAAAGCUUAACCAGCCCUACCAAACCGCCUCAGAUGGUCUCCAAGCCGUAACAGCCUACGAAGCCGACCCUGGCCGGUAUAGCUGUGUCCUGAUGGAUAUAUCCAUGCCUGUAAUGGAUGGAUUCGAAGCGACACGAAGGAUACGCGCUUUCGAAACGGCACAGGGGUUGAGACCGGCCUUGAUAUUAGCGUUGACAGGUCUGGCUUCUGAAGAGGCGCAGAGGGAGGCAGAGGUUAGUGGGCUAGAUCUAUUCUUGACGAAGCCGGUAAGGUUGAAAGAGUUGGGACCGAUUUUGAGAUCGAAGGGUGUUUUGGAGGAGGAGUCGAAUCUGGGAUAG